AUGCUGAAGCUGAUGACCAAGCUGCCAGGGGCACCCACACCUGUGGAAACGAAACCAAUCGACGGGUAUGCAGCGUCGUCAUUCUGUGAGGCGAUCGCCAGGGUGACGGUCCCGCACCAGCUCCGACUCCCUACCUGGACCACCUUGUAUGACGGAACGUCCGACCCAUACAGACACGUCAACGUCUACAAACAUCAAAUGUGGCAGAUCGACAUCCCCUAUGACCUGGUCGAACCCGUCAUGUGCAAAUCGUUCGGAGGAACCCUCGACGGAGCAGCUCUGGAAUGGCUCAUGAACAUCACCCCUGGAUCCAUCUACUGCCUGUCCGACCCCAUCAACGCCUUCUACCAGCAAUUUGCCAGCAGUCGCCAGUUGGAGAAACAAACGAGUGACCUCUAUCGGACAGCCAUCGAAGCAUUCAAAAGAGGUCUCAUCCCCAACUCGGAAUUGUACCGGGAGAUAACCAAAUAUCCCUACGCAACCUUCGAGGAGGUCAGAUUGAGAGCCACUGCCCAGAUGCGGAUUGAAGACGACGGGAUUAUGCGGAUGGCUUCUCAGCGACCAGCAGGGGGCAGCAGCGACAGGCGGUCGUACACCCCAAGGAACAACAACUGGCGACACCAGCCGUACAACCGCCAGAACCAGGUACAAAAUGUCAAUCAAUAUGAUGAUACUAACAAUGUUUACAGGAAUGAACGGGCCGAUCACCCCAACAUCUCUGAAUACGGCUUCAACGUCGACAUCGGAGGCGUAGUGAACGCCCUUCAAAAUGUAGGUGGAACAGUCAGGUGGCCCCGGAAAAGUGACAGACCAGAUUCCAUGAAAGACAUGAGCAAAUGGUGCGAUUUCCACCGCGACAACGGUCACAAAACCGAGGAGUGCAUCUCCCUCAAAAAGUUGGUCGCAUUCCUCCUAAAACGGGGGCAUUUGAAGGAACUGCUGAGCGACAAAGGGAAGGAGACAUUCAACAAGGAACAUACCGCCCAACCCGACCCGACAACGAGCAGCGACCUACCAGACCCACCUACGUUCAACAAAGUGGUAAAUGUUAUUUCUGGUGGAUCCACAAAAUGA